UGUGACUAGUAAAUUCGUCUUUAUUGAUUUAUUUUAAUCGCUAGUUUUCGACCUACCGGCGUCUACCGCUGACGUUCAUUGUGUACUUUUUUGGAAGUCUAGUCAUAUAAAGUUCGAAAUGGCUACUGAAUCACUAUUACCCUUAGAAUCAAAUCCCGAAGUAAUGAAUAAAUUUCUUCAAAAACUCGGUGUUCCUAGCAAUUGGAGUAUUGUUGAUGUGAUUGGUCUUGAACCUGAAAUGCUUUCUUGGGUGCCGAAACCAGUAAUAGCGGUUACACUUCUUUUUCCUAUUUCUGACGCCUAUGAGCAACAUAAACGAAAAGAAGAAAAUGAUAUAUUGUCUAAAGGGCAAGAAGUUUCAAAUAAUAUUUUUUAUAUGAAGCAAAAAAUAAAAAAUGCAUGUGGUACAGUUGCGCUCGUGCAUGGAGUUGCUAACAAUCUUGAUAAAAUUCAGUUAAAUGAUGGUCCCUUAAAGGGUUUUUUAGAUGAAACAAAAGGACUAGAUGCCAAUGAUAGAGGCGCAAUAUUUGUGAAGAGUGAGGGUAUUAUUAAUGCUCAUAAGGAAUUAGCUCAAGAAGGUCAAACAAAUACUCCCAAUGCUGAAGAUCCAGUCAAUCAUCAUUUUAUUACAUUCGUAAACAAAGAUGGAGUAUUAUAUGAAUUGGAUGGAAAUAAAGCCUUUCCAAUUAAUCAUGGGAAAACAACACCAGAUUCUUUCUUAGAAGAUGCAGUAAAGGUUUGUAAAGAAUUCAUGGCACGUGACCCAGAGGAGGUCCGUUUCACUGUGGUUGCUCUGGCUGCUUCUGAGUAACAGUAAUAAAAAUAAAGUCUGACAGAGUCUUCACAUAAUUUGAUAUCAUAAAUACACUGCUUACUGUAGUGCUUUUUUCAUCUUCAUGUUUUAAAAAUCUUGGAAAGUUUUUUAUCAAUUUUAUAUAUUUUUAUGCUAUGCAAGCCUUUUGUGAUAUUAAAAAACAUAUUUAUU